AUGGCUGAACAGAGAAAGGGAAAUUUAUCAACACUAGAGCGUAAUAAAGUCGCUCAAUUUCUCCUUCAAAAAAGCUGCAACGGAAAGCUGAAUCAUGGAGCUCAAAAAGAGGCUUCUACAUCUUUUGGUAUCACCCGAAAAUCAAUCUACAAGAUCUGGAAAAUUGCAGAGCAGCAACUAGUCUCUGGAAACCCUGUCAUAUUGCUGCCAAGAAAACAAGGUAAUCAACACAAGGAUAGAAUGAAACUUGAUGUAGAAAAAGUUAGAAACCUUUCUGUGCUUCAAAGGUUUACAAUAAGAAAGAUGGCAGUACAUCUUAGUGUUAGCAAAAGCCAAGUUGGCAACUGGAUAAAGGAAAGGCAGAUAAGGGCACACACAAGUGCAAUAAAGCCAACACUUAAUGAGGUGAACAAGCUUGCAAGGCUACGUUGGAGUUUGAGUCAUUUGAGUCCAGAUAUAUCAAAUGGAAAGCUGGAUUUUACAGGAAUGCACAACACAAUUCACAUAGACGAAAAAUGGUUUUAUAUCACAAAGUGCUCAGAUAGGUACUAUCUUCUUCCAGAUGAAGAAGAUCCCUACAGAUCAUGUAAGUCGAAAAGAUUCAUCACUAAAGUGAUGUUCAUGUGCGCUGUUACCAGACCACUAUAUUCAAGUGAUGGGGAGCUCAUAUUCGAUGGAAAAAUUGGAAUAUUUCCAUUCACUACAAAGGAGCCAGCAAAAAGAAAUUCCAAGAACAGAUUAAAGGGCACAUUGGAGACCAAACCAAUUCAAGCUAUCACAAAGUCAGUCAUAAAGGACUGUAUCAUCAAACAGGUAGUAAUUUUCUGUUUAUGA